AUGCCAAUAGCUGCUAACCCUGAAUCUUUAAUACACAAGAAGAAGCCAAGCCUGAAAAAAGUUAAAAGGCUUUACAAUUUUGUGUUCAUUGCAUUGCAGUUCAGCAAUGGCAAUGAGUCUACCUUUUGCAUUCUUAUCUUCUACUUCACGACUGCACCAUUUAUGUUGAAUGAUAAAAAGUACUCAUAUACUUAUUGUGAUGGGCAACAGAUCCAGAAGGAUAGUGGGUCUGAAAUGUGGUUAGGAGAUUUCUCAGUGGGUUGA